CUACUUUAUAGGUGGGAUGUUAAUAAUGAAUUUGACAGUAGGGGUUCUUUUUACGUAUAGAUUAUUGAUUUGAAGUCAACAUACAUUGUUGUAUUUUUGCAAUUUGAAGAUUUUGCAACUAUAUUAUGUUCAAGUGAAAGUGUGAGUGGACAUUAUCUCCAACAUGGCCACGGCCGCGGACGCCGCCUAUCUGCUCAAGGCCAGCACAACGCAGCCACGUGCCCCUGUGGUCAAAUAAAGAUAAACGCGUUCAGAAGUUCCAGCGGCACCACCGGGGAUUCACGCUCAUCCGCACGCCGGCGAUGAGGAUCAGCCUCUCUCUCGCGCCUCAGCUCGUUUUGCAAGAAAGUCAAUGUAAAUCCAUCCCUCCUUUUGUCAGCCGACUUUGGGCGAGAAGACUGGCCACCGUCAACUCGCAGCAAUCUGAAACCUUUACUGAUCCUUUCUCCGCUCCUUCAAGGAUGCAUCCAGCGUACAGUUUGUGUCUCCUUUUGGCCCUGCUGCAUGUGUCUACAGGUCUGCUCCUGGGAGCCUUCAACAUCAAGUCUUUUGGUGAUAAGAAAGCCUCCAACACAACCUUGAUGAACAUCAUUAGCAAGAUCGUCCACCGCUACGACAUCCUUCUGAUCCAGGAGGUCAGAGACAACGACCUCUCGGCCACCGAGAAACUCAUGCAGCAUGUCAACAAAGGUUCUCCACAAUUUAGGUACAAGCAUAUUGUCAGUGAGCCUCUGGGUCGUAGUUCCUACAAGGAACGGUAUCUCUUCCUAUACAGGGAGGCGACUGCGUCAGUGGGCAAAAACUAUACUUACGACGACGGCUGCGAGCCCUGCGGGAGCGACACCUUCAUAAGGGAGCCCUUUGUCGUCAUGUUCUCCUCCGAUGACGCCGUUGUCAGGAACUUUGUGCUGAUCCCACAACACGCCUCGCCGGACUUCGCCUCGCAGGAAGUAGACGAGCUCUGGGUGAGUGACACCCAUAUACUGGCCCCGCAGGACAUCGUUCUUCUCGGCGACUUCAACACAGACUGCACAUAUGUCACAGGCUCAGACUGGAUGAAGAUCCGCCUCUUCACCGACAAGAGCUUCCAUUGGCUGAUCCCUAAUGAGGCUGACACCACAGUGUCACACACUCAUUGUGCAUAUGACAGGAUUGUGGUGACCGAUGACAUGAUGAAGGGAGUCGCGCACCACAGUGCUGAGGUGUACGACUUCAUGGUGGAUCUGAAUCUCAGCUUCAGUAUGGCAUUGGCUGUUAGUGACCAUUUCCCGGUGGAGGUGAAGCUGCUCGUUUGAGCCUAGGACUGCCUGAACCAUCGGCAUCAGCCUCGACUGGAAUUCUCCCACGCCCGAGCCAAACAAC